CACAACGAACACGAGAGGCACAAAAAAGAACCAAAUUUAUAUAUAUAAACUAUACGCAUUGUGCCUUUGAUUUGUUGUAGUCGUAAAAUUCGCUGUUGUUGUUGUUAGUGUUGCAAAUUACAUAAAUAGUUUGAUUGCGUGCAGAGAUUGCGUUAAUAAUAAAUUUAACGCUUUUGCCAUAUUUGCUGCAAUGACAUCGCUGACAUUGUGCUGCUCGCGUCGUGCGAUCGCUGCCAACGCCUACGUCAACGGCAAUUGGCGGUUUAUUCAAACACUUCAAAGGCGCCAACAAUUACAACAACAACAGCAAUGUGGGCGUCACUGCGCAGCUGCAACAGCAACAGCGGCAGCAACAACAACAGCUCCAAAAACCAAUGCAAAUAUUGGCGCAUUUACCAUUUCAACGCGAAACAUGUCGUCGUGUUCCUCUCAACAACUGGUGGCCGUCGAUGAGUCGCGUCGCUUUAUGAUCGAUUGCUUCAUGGCCGUCAAGGUGCCCGAGGAGAAUGCACGUGCUCAGGCCGAUCUGUUGGUGGCUGCCGAUUAUCGUGGACAUUUCAGUCAUGGCAUGAAUCGUCUUGAGAUGUACAUCAAUGAUCUGGCCAUCAAUUCAACGAAUGGCGCCGCCGAACCACAAGUGCUUAAGGAGACCCCUGCCACAGCCUGGGUGGAUGGUUGCAACGGGUUGGGCGCUGUUGUUGGCAACUAUUGCAUGGAUCUGGCCAUCAAGAAGGCGAAGACUGUUGGCGUUGGCUGGGUCUGUGCCAAGGGAUCGAAUCAUUAUGGCAUGGCUGGCUGGUAUGCAAUGAGGGCAAUGAAACAGGGCCUGGUCGGCAUGUCCAUGACGAACACUUCACCCCUGAUGGCACCCACGGGCGCCAAGGAGGCAGCUCUGGGCACCAAUCCGCUCUCGUUGGGCGCACCCGCCAGCAAUUCGGAUCAAUUCCUGCUGGACAUGGCCACUACGGCGGUGGCUGUGGGCAAGAUCGAGAUACAGAAUCGCAAAGGCGCCCCAUUGCCCGAUGGCUGGGCUCAGGAUCCGAACGGUAAUGUGACCAAUGAUGCCAAGUUGGGCUUUGCCACCGGCUGCCUUAUGCCUCUGGGCGGCUCUGAGCUAACCUCCGGCUACAAGGGCUAUGGACUGGGUGCCAUGGUGGAUAUUCUCUCCGGGGUAAUGGCUGGCGCCAAGUACUCCACCCAGGUGCGGAAGUGGACGCAUGCGGGCGCCAAUUCUGCAGCUGAUCUGGGCCAAGUAUUCAUCGCUGUCGAUCCGAAUUGCUUUGCGCCUGAAUUCGAGGAGCGCAUGACUGACUUCAAUUCACGUCUGCGCAACACAACGCCAACCGAUCCUAAGAAGCCUGUGCUGCUGGCCGGCGACAAGGAGAAGAACAACAUGAAGGCUGUGGAUGCAGCUGGCGGUAUUCAAUAUCUGGAGAACCAGCUCAAGACUUGCGCCGCCUUGGCCGAGAAGCUGAAGAUCAAACCGCUGAGCUUUAACUAAAACCGCUGAGCUUUAAGCUCUUCAAGAAGAUGAGCCAGUGUUGCAAAGAAAACUGCCCCGAUCUAAAAACAUAUUCAUGUCAUAGAAGUAAAGUAGCUUUUGCAUUUCUAUUCUGACCAAAGGACUUUUGAUUAGUGCCUAAGUUGAAUAUCACUUCGAUAUAAAAGUUUGAUAUAAUUAUAUACACUCACUAGUUGCUUGUUAUUUAAUAUGAUAUUGUCAGCUAAUAAAUAGCUAUAAACUUUAAGAACUCAC